AACCUCUCUUUACCCACACCAUCCACACACACAUAAGAAAAAUAAACAAAUUAUCACAAAAAUACGUUUCUUGUAUAAUAAUUUUUUUUCCUCUCUAGAUUUGUCGCUUACCUUUUGAACUUCUCCGGCGAUGAAUCUCGCCGGGAAAAUGAAUAUUCCGGUUACUAUUUCUGUUUCCGUUACUAGUAACGCUGUCGACUCUUACCAUCGCCGUCACGUCUUCCGUGAAAAAAAACUCUGAUCCUUCUCUUAGACUUUUUUUUUUCUUUCUUUGUUGUUAUUAUUCUUUGCUUCGUUUUUGUGAAGAUGAUCCGCUGAUUUUCAGAAGUUUUCUUCUGGUUUUUAGCUGAGAGGUUUUGUUAGAUUCUGUUUCUUCUUCUUCUUCUUCUUCUUCUCUGGUUUUUGAAUCCAAUUUUGGAAAUUUUUGAAGAGUUUCUUUCGUUUUUGUUGGAGAGAUCUGAGAUUAGUGUAUAUGAAAUCAAAUCUGUGUUUGAAUUUGAAUUGACUUGGGGACUUGUGAAGAGAAGUUAGAUCGAGAGCUAUGCCAUUUACGAUGAAGAUCCAACCGAUUGAUAUAGAUUCUUCUCCAGCUGUAGCUAGAGCUGAAUCAGGCAACAAACCUGUGCUCAAAUCUCGUCUCAAACGUUUGUUUGAUCGACCGUUCACGAGAAACGCAACAACAACCACAGAGAAACCAUUCGUCACCGGUGGUGAAGUUCAAUGUAGCGGCGGCGGCGGAGUAGUGACGGAGUUCGAACCAAGCUCUGUUUGCUUAGCGAAGAUGGUUCAGAACUUCAUAGAAGAAAACAACGAGAAACAAGCUAAAUGUGGACGUAAUCGUUGCAAUUGCUUUAACGGUAACAACGAUAGCUACUCCGAUGAUGAAUCAGAUCUAUUCGGUGGUUCAAUUGACGGUUGCGACGCUUCUGAUCAUCUCAAGAGUUUGGUUCCGUGCGCAACCGUCGACGAGAGGAAUCUGUUAGCCGACGCGGCGAAGAUUGUAGAUAAGAACAAAUCGGUGAAACGAAAAGACGAUAUGAAGAAGAUCGUCAACGAAGGACUCUUAUCACUUAAUUACAAUUCUUCAAUCUGCAAAUCUAAAUGGGAUAAAUCUCCUUCGUUCCCAGCUGGUGAAUAUGAGUAUAUAGAUGUGAUAAUCGGAGAAGAAAGGUUAAUAAUCGAUGUAGAUUUCCGAUCAGAGUUCGAUAUAGCGAGACAAACGAGUGGUUACAAGGCGUUGCUUCAAUCUCUACCGUUCAUUUUCGUCGGGAAAUCUGAUCGGUUAAGUCAGAUCGUGUUUUUGAUAUCGGAGGCGGCGAAACAGAGUUUGAAGAAGAAAGGAAUGCAUUUUCCGCCGUGGAGGAAAGCUGAGUAUAUGCGAUCUAAAUGGUUAUCUUCUUAUACACGAGCUUCUGUUGUCGUCGGAGAUGUUGAUGAGAAGCCGGAGACGGAGACGGAUGUUGCGGUGGUGACGGCGGACACGGCGCAGAGGGAGGUGGAUAGUGUUGUAGAGAUUGAGCUGGUUUUUGAGGAGAAAUGUUUAUCUCCGAGAGUGAAUAUUAUUAAUUCUUCCUCCUCUCCAAACGACGGCGAUGAUGACGUGGCGGUGGAGAGAGAAGUGAAGGCUCUCACCGGAUUAGCUUCACUCUUUAAGGAAAAGCCCUAAAUAAAAAAAUUUGGAGUUUUUUUUUUCUUUUUCUAAUUUUCAAGGUAAAAAAACAAUUAUUAAAAAUAUAUAACAUUACCAUAUAUUCGCUUUUUUUUUUUGUUUACCUUUUUGUAGUUGUUUUGACCUCUCUUGUUUUUUCUUUACAAUGGUUUUUUACCACUUUGUACUUUAGUACCGUCCACGGUGAAAAAAAAUAAAAUUACUAUUCCCGAAUAAAA